CCUAGACAAGGUAGGGUGAAAUCUGGAGGGCAGUGUCUAUGAGGGCAUUUGGGCUAUGAUCCUGGGAAGACAGUUAAACACUGACUUGACAUCACCAUGAAGCUGCUUGCUCUGACUGUGCUGAUCCUGACCAUCUGCCACCUGGAAGGAGCCCUGGUUCGAAGACAGGCAGAAGAGUCCUUGACAGCAAACAUAUUAUCUUGGUCCUUCCAGAAGCUGACUGAUAUAGGCAAGCAUAUAACAGAGAAGUUAAAAGCCCCGGAGAUGCAGUCCCAAGUCCAGGCUUAUUUUGAGAAGUCACAAGAGCAAGUGACUCCACUGGCCAAGAAGGCCUUCACAGAGACGAUGACCUUUUUCAGCUCUCUUGUGGAGUCAGGCAGAAAGGCUGCCUGCUAGUAGGAUUUUUCCUAUCCCCAGCUUGCCUUUGAACAUACAUAUUAUAUAACUUCAACCCACCCUUCCCAAACCCCUUUCAGACCAGUCUUCAAGAUGUCCUUUCCAUCCCACUCCCUGAACAUCCCCUAUUUUCUCAAUAAAUAUUGCAUGAGCCAA